GCCUCGGCUGUGCCGGGCGGCUGGGUCACAGGUUCGAGGCAGUGUCGUUCCGGCAGGAGCAGGCGGAAAACCUGCGUGGAGAUGGCUGCAUCCUGGCGUCCCCAUGUCUGGGCAGUGCCAGCGAGCGAGUAGUGGAGCCCAAGAAACAGGCCUGCUGGGGGGGCUAUUAUCUCCCCACUCCACCCCCGUGGACCGAAUCUGCUCGAGAAGAAGCAGGUUUUGUCUUGAAGUUGGAAUGUGACAAACUCGCCAGUGAGAAAUCGGAGAUGCAGCGUCACUACGUCAUGUACUACGAGAUGUCCUACGGGCUGAACAUCGAGAUGCACAAACAGGCUGAAAUCGUCAAGAGGCUAAAUGGGAUUUGUGCUCAGGUCCUGCCCUACCUUUCGCAAGAGCAUCAGCAGCAAGUCCUGGGAGCCAUUGAACGAGCCAAGCAGGUCACGGCGCCAGAACUGAACUCCAUCAUCCGU